CCACAGGGGAGACUUAGCAGUUGUGUAAAGUGUCUUUUGUAAUGACUACGUUCCAAAUUGCACUUGGUUUCAAGCUUCGUGGCCAACGGUGAGAAAAGGUGUGUGGAACUUGGGACCGUGGAAGGUUCUGUAACUAAGACAUGGAAGUAACAACAGCCAGCCAAGACAAAAAGAAUGUUCUUUUCUCUCCCCUUCCAAGUUCUUAGUGAAGGGCCAAGCCCAGCAUCCCAGACUUGUGUGACUGGGUAAACACUGGGACACUAACUUCACUUCAGUACCCUCCCUUCAGAAGCUCAAGGUGGCUUCUCAGUAGACAGAGGCUUCUAAGUAUCAAAGCUCCCCACUGCGCAAGCCCAACAUCAUGGGGAAGGGAGACACCUCGGAAACAGCAUCAGCCACUCCAGCCUAUCGCUCUGUCAUGGAGGAGUAUGGCUAUGAGGUGGGCAAGGUCAUUGGCCAUGGCUCCUAUGGAACUGUCUAUGAGGCUUACUACACCAAGCAGAAGGUCAUGGUGGCUGUCAAGAUCAUCUCAAAGAAGAAGGCCUCUGAAGACUACCUUAACAAGUUCCUACCACGUGAGAUACAGGUAAUGAAAGUCUUACGGCACAAGUACCUCAUCAACUUCUAUCAGGCCAUUGAGACCACGUCCAGAGUGUACAUCAUUUUGGAGCUGGCUCAGGGCGGUGAUGUCUUGGAAUGGAUCCAACGCUAUGGGGCCUGCUCUGAGACCCUUGCUGGCAAGUGGUUCUCCCAGAUGGCCUUGGGCAUCGCCUACCUGCACAGCAAGGGCAUCGUGCACCGCCUGACCCCCAGCCUUUCUGCUGCUGGUAGGGACUUAAAGUUGGAGAACCUGUUGCUGGACAAGCGGGAGAAUGUGAAGAUAUCGGAUUUUGGCUUCGCCAAGAUGGUGACUUCUAGCCAGCCUGUGCGUAGUAGCCCUUCUUACCGCCAAAUGAACUGCCUUUCCCACCUCAGCCAGACCUACUGUGGCAGCUUUGCUUACGCCUGCCCGGAGAUCUUGCUAGGCUUGCCUUACAACCCUUUCCUGUCUGACACCUGGAGCAUGGGCGUCAUCCUCUACACCCUAGUGGUCGCACGGCUGCCUUUUGAUGACACCAAUCUCAAGAAGCUGCUGAGAGAAACCCAGAAGGAGGUCACUUUCCCAGCUAAUCUCACCAUCUCCCAGGAGUGCAAGAACCUGAUCCUCCAGUUGCUACGCCCAGCUAGCAAGCGUGCCACCAUCCUAGAUGUCCUCAGGGACCCCUGGAUGCUCAAGUUCCAGUCUGAGCAACCCUCGAACGAAAUCAGGCUGCUGGAGGCCAUGUAUCAACCCGCCAGCACCACCACUAAUCGCCACCAAUCCUUGGAAAUCCAACUUGAAAGUGGCUGAGGCAGGAGGUUAAGGAAAAAAGCAAUAGAGACUGGGGGGAAAAUCUUUUCUAUAAAAUAAACCUAAUUAGUUUCAUCAUGAUGUAGGGUCAAAGGCAUUCUUUUCUCAAGAGAGUCUUAGUGGAGACCACUACUGCAGGGUGGGUUUCUGCCCAAAGCCUGUAACCUCUUGACACCUGUGACAGUUAAUGAAAUUGACUCGGGGAAGCUUUACUGUGCCGACUAAGUUUGUAAGU